AUCCUUAUGCUCACUAUUUUUACUCUCACACAGUCAGUUUCUCUUUUACAGUCAUCAUGCAAACACAUUUUACGCACAUCACAGGUCUCAGUGUACUCAACAGUCAUCUUACUUUAAUUUGAAUAAAUUCAAGUCGUCAUUUCUUAAAUUAAGCAUUUCCGUGCGACGUAGUGGAAAGAAAGAAUCUAGAAUAAAUGAGAAUAUGCUGAAAAUUUCCAUUGUUGUGUCAUUUUUUUCAACGUUAUUAUGCCAUGUAGACUGUCAUAAUAAUUUUUCAAAUGAUGAUUCAUCUGCUGGAAUCAUUGCGCUCAUCUUAGCGAGAGGAGGAUCAAAAGGAAUUAAAAUGAAAAAUAUACAAAUGAUAGAUGGAACAACAUUGUUGGGAAUCUCAUUGAAAGAAAUUCAAAAGGCGGAAAUUUUUGAAAGCAUUUGGGUUUCUACAGAUGAUGAUGAGAUAGCUAAGGAAGGUUUGAAAUACAACGCAAACAUUCACGAACGAGACCCUCAACAUGCAAGAGAUGAAUCCAAAUCAAUUGAUGCCGUACAAGAAUUCCUAUUGAAUCAUCCGAAUAUUUCAAGAUUAGCUUUAAUUCAAUGCACGUCGCCAUUCAUUAGUCAUCAAUAUUUACGAGAAGCUUUUCAUAAAUUCACAAAUCGUGAUUGCGUUUUCAGUGCAGUAAAAAGUUUCAAACUUAGAUGGAAAUAUGCUGAUGACAACAGAAAGAAAAUAGUUCCAAUAAACUUCGACUAUAGAAAUCGACCGAGAAGACAAGAUUGGGAUGGAGAAUUCAUUGAAGCCGGAAUGUUCUAUUUUACUAAACGAGAGCUUUUGAAUGAAGGACUGUUCCAGAAUGAUAAUUGUGACAUUGUCCAAAUAAAAAAUGAGGAUUCUUUAGAAAUUGAUCGACCGGAUGAUUUAGAGCUUGCAAGAGUGCUGAACAAAUAUAGAAAGACAUUGGAUGCUGAUGACAGAUCUAGUUUUUGUAGCACUGGGAAAUAAUUUUUUGGAAACACAACUUAUUAGUGCACUUGAUUAAGAAAUUAUUCGGAAACUGACAAUAAAUGGCCACAAAUUUAUACAGCAGUACAACGCUGCCUUAAAUUUACGGAAUCUUUCAUUUAUGACGUUCAUAAUUUGGAAUCUAAGUAGAAAAUUUACAUUUCUUGGUGGACGUCAUUUAUGAACGACUUCUGUUGACUUAAUAAUUGUAAUUGUCACGUUUUCCUCCGUCAAAUUAAAUUGUCAACAAUAACGUGUGUGCUUUACAAAGAUCUAAAUAUUCACGUGCCAAAUUUUCUCAAUCAAGUUUUUUUCUGGAAAUUCAAUUCCAAUUAUCAAAUCUGGACUAGCUUAACCUUCAGGAAAAGACAAUUCGAACCAUUCAACUAGAUUAGAACUUGGACUUUCCUAGAGUUCUAAGAAAAGAAUCACCAAUUUCAAAGCUUUAUUCAUAUGACCUCAUAAUUUGUUCAUCACAGAGACGAAAAAUAAUAAAUAAUGCAUCUUGGGAAGUGAGAGCUGAGAAUAAAAACGAUUCGUUAAAUUGACAUGUGCUUAGUUAAGUUUUGAUUUUUGUACAAUUUAGAGAGAGGAGAAUCUGUAAUAAAAAUUUAUUUUAUCAUAAUA